AUGUUUUCAAAUAAUAUACAAUUGUUCUCAUAAUAUAAUAAAUAAUAUAACCUAUUGAUUUAUUUGGCUUUGAUGAAGUCAGCAUUUCUUCAUUAUUAUUUGACUAUUGCAGUAGCAACAAACUAUUAAAUAAUAAUUAUUGGAUUAAUAAAAAAACUAUAAACAUGUUGUUAUAUGGAUUAAUAAUUUUAAGUGUUAUAUUGAAUUGUGAUGCUGUGUUUUACCCAAUAAAAGAUUUGAAUGAAAUGAUCAACGUCAGUCCUCCUGAAGAUCAAAUAUCGUUUCAUCUGUAUCAUUAUACUGAUCUUUCUGUGGACGAUGAGAUAAUUAUUAACAAUGAAACUUCCAUUGAGAGUUCUAGAUUUGAUUCAGAACUACCAACAAAGGUACUUAUCCAUGGAUGGACUCAUGGUAAGGAUAUUCUAUGGGUUAGGGAAAUGAGAGAAGCUAUGGCUAAUACAAGACUAUGGAACGUGAUUGUAGUCCAUUGGGCACCACUCUCCCAUGUUAUAUACUUUGAAGCUAGACUACACACCCCAGUAGUAGCUAAACAGGUAGCUAAUAUGAUUUUGACAUUAAAAAAGUUUAAAGGUACGAACAUGUCAGAUGUACAUAUCAUAGGCCACAGCAUGGGAGCCCAAAUAUCAGCCUACGCAGCCUUUAAAAUUAGGGAACAUUCUAAUGAUACUGUAGGACGCAUUACAGGCUUGGAUCCAGCGGCACCUCUAUACGAAUGGCCUCACACAGAAUCCCUGGACGAAGUUAUAGACCCCAGUGACGCCACAUUUGUAGACGUCAUCCAUACCAACGCCAGACAUCUUGGAAUGGUCAGUCCCUCAGGACACGUUGACUACUAUCCGAACGGAGGGGAAAACCAACCUGGAUGCGCCUUCUGGAUAUGCAGUCAUCAAAGAGCAGUGGAUUACUGGACGUCUUCGGUGAAAAAUCCGGAACUAUUUCAUGCAUAUCCCUACGAUUCUUGGGAUGAAUAUCUCUCAGAAAACGUGAAGAAAUUGAAGAGUUAUCCAAUGGGAAUUGCAGCGAGUAGAAGUAUUCCUGAAGGAAUAUAUUAUUUGGAGGUUGGGAAUGAAUUCAGACAGUAUCUGACAUCUGUAAAUAGCAUCGACGAUAGUUGGACAUAAAAUUAGUUGUGUUACUUACAUAUUA